ACCUUAAUUCGACCUUUUAGAGGUUAAAAAAGUCACGGGAAUUUUGACAUUUCAUUUCCAGCCGGUUCCUAGGUGUAGUAGGCUCUGUGGAAUUUUGGAAAUAAGUUUCUACAGGUUUUAUUCCAGGAUAACGAAAAUGCCUAUCAAAAGCAUCUUGGCUCGUAACAUUUUUGAUUCUCGUGGUAAUCCAACAGUUGAAGUUGAUCUUGUUACUGACUUGGGCUUGUUUCGGGCUGCAGUUCCUUCAGGUGCUAGUACUGGUAUUUAUGAAGCUUUAGAGCUCCGUGACAAUGACCAAUCAAAAUACCAUGGGAAGGGUGUUCAGAAAGCAAUUGAUAACAUUAACAAAUCUCUGGGCCCAGAGGUCCUAAAAUCUGGGCUUGAAGUAACCCAGCAAACUGAAAUUGAUGAUUUCAUGCUGAAACUUGAUGGUACUGAAAACAAGUCUAAAUUCGGUGCAAAUGCCAUCCUGGGAAUUUCAUUGGCUGUGGCCAAGGCUGGCGCAGCCAAGAAAGGUGUCCCUCUCUAUAAACACCUAGCAGAUCUUGCUGGAAAUAAAGAUAUUAUCCUACCUGUACCCGCGUUUAAUGUAAUUAAUGGCGGUUCUCAUGCUGGUAAUAAGUUGGCUAUGCAGGAAUUUAUGAUUCUGCCUACUGGUGCAUCCAGUUUUACUGAGGCUAUGCGCAUGGGUAGUGAAGUGUAUCAUCACCUUAAGAAAGUUAUCAAAGAUAAAUUUGGUCUGGAUGCAACCGCUGUUGGUGAUGAGGGUGGCUUUGCUCCUAAUAUCUUGAAUAACAAAGAUGCUCUUGACCUCAUCAAUGAAGCAAUUGCUAAAGCAGGGUACACAGGCAAAAUUGAAAUUGGCAUGGAUGUUGCUGCUUCAGAAUUUCAUAAAGAAGGUCUGUAUGAUUUGGAUUUUAAAAAUCCUCAAUCAGACAAGAGCAAAUUUUUGACCCCGGAGAAACUGUUGGGACUUUACCAGGAAUUUAUCAAGGACUUCCCAAUUAUUUCAAUUGAAGAUCCCUUUGAUCAAGAUGAUUGGAAUGCAUGGACGGCCAUCACUGCCAACACCAACAUUCAAAUUGUUGGUGAUGAUCUUACUGUCACUAACCCUAAACGUAUCCAAACUGCGGUUGAGAAGAAAGCUUGCAACUGCUUACUGCUUAAAGUAAAUCAGAUUGGUACUGUUACUGAAUCCAUCAAGGCUCAUUUGCUAGCUAAGCAGAAUGGAUGGGGAACAAUGGUCUCUCAUAGAUCUGGUGAAACUGAGGACACUUUCAUCGCUGAUUUGGUUGUUGGUCUGUCGACAGGCCAAAUCAAGACUGGGGCGCCAUGCAGAUCUGAAAGGUUAGCGAAGUAUAACCAGAUUCUUCGCAUUGAAGAGGAAUUGGGAUCAGCCGCUAAAUAUGCAGGAAAAUCAUUCCGUAAACCUCAAUAAGUUGCCAUCAAAUAUUGUGUUUUCAGUGUAGGCAUGUUAUGGUUUAAGCCAGUACUGCCAAAGUUGUCUUAAAUUGUGAAUCUGGUAGAGAACAAUUAUUUAUAUUUCUCUUUGUCAUAUUUAGAAAUCCAUUACCUGUAAGGUGUAACUAAUUACAGUUAAGUAAUACAAAUGUAAUUUGGUUUGAAUAUAUUGCUCUAAAGUGAAAA